UGUACGUAUCUGAGAAAGUCAUCUGGAACAGCUACAAGCACGGGGUCAGUAAUAUGUAUAGCAACUGGCCUAGCAUUUCUGGAAGGGCAUCCAGGAGAAGGGAGAGGCUGUCUCUCUAAAGGUCUUUGAAGGCUUUUACAUACAGACAAAUGGACAGGUGAAACUCGAAACCUGCUUGACGACUUCCCAUGAAAAAAUCAACCAUACUGGCAUAUAAAUGUUACAUGAAGUCGAACGCUGUGGUGAAAUGUCAAAGUGUGUAGAGACACUUGCUGGAGGACACAGUGACACCUGAUGGCGACAUGCAGCAAACAGUUCCUGGUUGUCACAAGUCUGUACAACAUGGUACAGGCAGCCAUCGAUAGGGCAUUAUUCCUGGUACUUUAGAUGUGUACUUGGUUCGGAUCAGGUAUCAUACAGGUUAAAACUUUGAUGUGUGUAAAAAGGAUUUAAAAUUUGUCGACACCAAUACCAGCAGUUACCUGAGGUUUUUACAGUUUUCUGUUGUUGAAGUAGCAGUGACUAUGUGAUGCCAAUUUAGCAACCUUUGCUAAAGAAUACAAUUAACCUGCACAUGGACUUUCACUGGACUUGUUGCAUACUACAAAGAGUUGUGUGGAGGUGGAUAAUAGACAGCUAUCCUACUUGACUCUUGUGAUGAACCUUCUCCUCGUGAGGCCCUGAUAGGAUAUGUUUCUACUGAGGUAUAUCAGAUAUGAUAGCCAAGUGUAGCAAUGGAAGCCAUCAUGCAGACAGGCUUGAGAUAACCUCUACAUCAAAGCCAACAUUUUCAUACAACAGAACUCUGCUGAUCUAUUUAGAUGUUUCCCAAAGACGUGAUUGGUUUUCAGCUGGUGUCUAGCUGAUAUACAGUGGAGUGGGAUCUCUGAUAACUUGCCAUCUGGUCAAGGAAAACACAGCAAUAAACAUGCCGACUCUGGAAUGCUUACAGUGAGAAUAUUGUCAGAUAUUGUACCAUUUUGUUCAGCAGGGAGUUUUAUUGCUGACUGAAUUAUUGCACGGUUCGUUAGGCAACAUACAGAGAAUAAACAUUGAAUGACUUGUUGCAAACCAAUUCUGUAAGUGGUUGCUAAGAUAUUGUGUCAUUUUGUUCCACAUGGAGCAGGCCUACUGACUGAAGUAUUGUAUAGUUUACAAUACCACAGAGGAAUACAUCAAAUGACUCAUGGCCUCUGUUGUCUGGAGGCUCAUCUGAUGAAAGGGAAACUUUGUUCAGGAUAGAUAGUCUUUUCUUCCAAUUGAUACUGUUUCAGAAAAUUGGAUAAUGUUUCCUGAGAAAACGUUGUCUCUAGUUAGUUCCAGAUAAAGGUAUGGAUUUUCCCCAAACAUUUUGCUGCAAGCGUGUCAGGUAACAGCCAGUGAUCACAGACCUGAAUAUUUUAUUAAUUAGCUGCAAAGGCCACGGUUUGGUCUCAGAUGGAAACACUGACUUUGGUGGUACAAUCACCAGGUAGUACAGAUGAAAUACCAUUAUCAGGACAAUAGGAUAUCUGUCUGUUCUUAAUUGCCUGUAGUUAUAGAAAACUACAACCAAUGUCCUGAUCCCUGCCUGAGAACACAUGUAAUCUCUCUCAGUUAUAAACUGUUCUGAUUGAUGUGGGCAAACAUACACGUGUGACUAUCAGAACCAACUUCAUAUCAGCAAUUACCAGUGUAGGGUUGCCUUGGAACAUCCUCUUAUCAACUGGAUUUUUUUUUAUCAUGUUUAUGGUACAGAGAAGGAUUUCAGCGUGGGUGGAACCCAGCUGUCAGACUCGGUCAACAUUGCCCCAAUGCUAUCAAGUUCUACAUGUUGCAUGCAGAGAUCACAGAUGAAUGAUAGGACAGAUUGAAAAGAGUAAUACACAUCAGAGCUGGAGGAACAUGUUUCAUCGUAUUGGUGUUAUCUAUAGUGUGAUAUAACAGGCAGUGAUUCAGUGUGGAGAGCAUCAACUUGGUUGAGUAAGCCCUUUGUUCUUAGAGACUAAUUAAAGCGUGACAUCAAAGGUCGUAUAUGCCUAGUUACAUGCAUGUGCCCUGCAGGGGUUCUAUGCUCAGACUAGAACAUCAGCUAUUCUCCUGCGACACUCCAUGAGUGACGGGACAGUUUGUUUCCAGUCUUGUGUGACCUUGACUGUGUCUGGUUGAAGAACCAUUCUGCAAGCUGAUGAAUGAUUUAAGUUUGCUCUUCAGUGAACAUUUAUAGAUCUACAAGGAUAUGGUGUUGAGCUGCUGGAAUGCUACUUUGUUCCAAGGUGAUGGGAGAAUCAGACAGUUGGGCUGAUAACGUUGCCCAUGGAUGACUUCAGAAUUCUAAACACAGUGGGUUUUGGUUAAGGAUGUUUUUAUAACCAGGUACAUUGAUAUCAGUUUUCCAGAAUCUGAAUCAACCAGGAGAUAGCACCAGCCUAGCUCAGAGGUGGUGGAAGAUAUCAGACAACAAUUAUAUUUCUUUGGACAUUUGGAUUAUCCUGAAUACAGUGGCUUUGUGUUUUAUCACGGAUGAGUUUUGGUGUGUGGAUAUGAAAUAUUAGUUCUUCCUGUUUGAUGGAGCAGAGGAUUAUCACUGUGUAACAACUCUCGUGCUAUCCAGUGUUGAAGCGGCCAGGGUGAUCAGUGUUGUGAUCCGGGACGUACAGCAAUGUGAUGAAGUAUGUCCGUUCCUCCUCCUGACCCCCAACAUGGCUGACAUGGUGGCAGUGGUUGGAAACAUAAAUCUGUCACCACUGCUGUGGAAACAAUGAACCAACACCAGUACGUGUCGGAGGUCACCAUAAUGUGUUUGUAGUGUAGUUCCUGAGAUUCCAGGGAGUGGAUCAUGUAUGUGUAUGUAGUAGGAACCCUGCAGAGUGGGGAAGAGCAGGCCCAAUCACACCGCCAGGUUUCUGACAUAGAGAAGGUUCAUGAUGCUUACAUCAUAGCGGUUGAAGAUGGCACAAAGCAUCACCUUGAGAGCCUACCAGCUCUACAGAGGGUCACCCCGCGGGACAUGACUAAACUCCUCAACAGCACCGACAACAGCGAGGCAGGCUCAGUGCAGUCUGAUAUUUCUGUGGAGGAUAAUACCGUAUACGUUUCGUCAAUGCCGACCGAAAAGACCCCGAAGAAGAAGAAGGCCAAUGGGCAUGCCAAGAAUGGCGAUGUGAAUGGUAGUUCUGAACUGAUUGAGAUGAACGGGGUUCUGGAGAAAGAGAGCCCGAAGAAGGGCAAGAAGUCUAAGAAGGAAUCCCGCAAACAGAAGGUGGCCAGCACCUCUGAAACCCCUCUCAUUGAGGAGAUGAAUGGGUCGGACAGACUCUCUCGUAAUGGCAACACUCUCAGUCAGAACUCGCUCAACCUAUCAAAGGACAACAUAUAUGCAUAUGACAGUGAGGAUUUUGAUCCUAGUAUGCAGAACUCAUUUGAAUUUGAGGAUUCAGGACCUCAUAGAGAAAUGGCGAUUGAUUGCCCUGACAGUUUUGUGGGGACAAUUAAAACUGCUCCACGCUACCCGCCGCCCAACCAGAACAGCUUGCCCCGAGUUCCACCAACCACCCCCAUGAAACAUGCUCUUGAUAACUCAAGUGAGAACAUUCACACAGAAGCAGUUCUGAAUGAUGCUGCAGUUGCAAUGGGCAACCAACAGCAGCAGCCAACAAUGGAACAGUUGGAGAGAUUACGGAAACAUCAGGAAGAACUCCGGAAACGUCGGGAGGAAGAGACAAGGCACUUCCAGGAGGAAGAGUUUCUCCGAACAUCGUUACGCGGCUCCAAGAAGCUGCAAGCGCUUGAGGACAAGAAGACUGUGCCGGCAAGUGGUGUGGUCAACACAGCGUUCAUUGAUGGGGAGGAUGAGGAGGUCCAAGAUGGAACGCUGGACUCGAGUGAUCCUCUCACGUCGCGGGACAGGUUCCAUGCAAAGCGAGUUGACAUGGGGGAUAUGUUCCAGUCACUGCAGUAUGUCCGAAGUCAGCUCAAUUCUAAUGAAGACCAAGGAGAUAUUACCUUUCUUAAGAACUUGUUUCUCAACGGCAAGUUUCAACAUGCUGUUAACAUACACAACAAGAUUGUGGAAGUGACUUCUCAAUCCCCACAGCCACGCCCAGUGGCAAGCAAUGGCCAAAAUAGUGCUAACAAUGUGAUCAAUUCUGUGCAGCAAUCAAAAGAACAGUUAUCGGAGGAGCUCGUCAGUUUACUUAAUAGGCCACAUAUGAAGGGUGUAUUGCUUGCACACGACUCUCUAGCCCAGCGAGAACACGAGCCAGUGACGGUGAACCAUGUCCACGCCCUCCCGCACACACUUGCCCUCACCCAGCCCGAUGCCAGUGAACCCCUUGAGUACCCCCUCAUGCCUUAUGGCGAGGACAGCGUGAAGAUCAUCCAUUUAGAGAAGACCAACGAGCCAUUGGGAGCUACAGUGAAGAAUGAGGGAGACUCAGUGAUAAUUGGGAGGAUUGUCAAGGGUGGAGCAGCCGAGAAGAGUGGUUUGCUUCACGAAGGAGAUGAGAUACUAGAAGUGAAUGGCAUCGACAUGCGCGGCAAAAAUGUCAACGAUGUAUCUGAGAUGCUGGCCUAUAUGACAGGGACAAUAACAUUCAUGAUCAUCCCGACGCACAACUACGCAUCACCCAAACCAGCCGCCCGACCAAAAGCAGUGCACCUUCGAGCCCUCUUCAACUAUGACCCUGAGGACGAUGCAUAUAUCCCAUGUCGAGAACUGGGGCUUUCCUUCAUGAAGGGAGAUAUCCUUCAUAUCAUCAACCAGGAUGAUCCCAACUGGUGGCAGGCAUACAGGGAAGGCGAGGAAGAGCACCAGUCAUUGGCCGGGCUUAUACCCAGCAGGCUCUUCCAUGAACAACGUGAAACACUGCGUCAGACCAUGCCAGGAGACGGGAAGGACGCUAAGAAGAAGGGGCGAUCGUGUGUCUGUGGAAAGAGAGACAAGAAGAAGAAAAAGAAGAAACGCUCCUCCCUGUACACUGGGGCUGACGAGGAAACUGAAGAAAUCCUCUCAUAUGAAGAAAUGGUUAAAUAUUUACCUCAGCCGAACAGAAAAAGACCAAUUGCCUUAAUUGGCCCUUCUAAUGUUGGGAGGGCGGAGCUCAGACAGCGUCUCAUGGAGUCUGACUUUGACAGAUUCGCUGCUGCUGUUCCCCACACGAGUCGAGUCCGCAAACCUGAGGAAAUAGAGGGCAAGGACUACCACUUCAUCUCACGCACCAUGUUUGAGGCGGACAUCUUGGCUCAGAAGUUUAUCGAGUAUGGCGAGUUUGAAAAGAAUCUGUAUGGCACAAGUCUGGAGGCUGUGAGACAGGUGAUCCACCAGGGGAAGAUCUGCGUGCUCAAUCUCCAUGCCGACGCUGUGAAACCGCUGUACACAUCAGACCUGAAGCCUUAUGUGAUAUUCGUGUGUCCCCCGAACCUGGAGAAGCUUCGUGCUGUGCACGUUAAGCUGGGCAAACCAGCAACACCGGAUGACGAACUCAAGGACAUCAUAGAGAAGGCUCGUGAGAUGGAGGACAUAUAUGGCCAUUACUUUGACUACAUCUUGGUCAACCAGGACCUCAACAGGGCAUACGAUGAGCUCCUUCAAGAGAUCAACCGCCUCGAGAUCGAACCACAGUGGAUCCCGAAACCUUGGGUAGACACAUUCAUGUGAGAUGACCGGAGGCUGGUUGGCACUUGCUUCGGCAAUACUUCAUUCAUGGAUUACUGUGACCUGUCUGCUUCAUGUGCUACCAGACUAAUGUGUGCUCGGACAUAGGAGUGAUGAAGCAGAUACAGAAACAAUGGGAUACUCCUGUGAUGGUCAUAGGACCACGUUAUGAAGCAUAUAACUACGCCAGAGUGAAAGGUGGCUGGUAUGGUAUGUGAUCAAGCUGUGAGAGGCCAGCUCACAAUCAAUAUGUACAUUUGAACCAUGGAUGAUGUCUAGUGUGAUAGUUCUGAGUUCAUGUGACAAGAUCAGCAUUAGCCUUAUUGAGGGCCAAACAGGCAGAAGCGCAUCCACAGUUGUGAAUCACUCAACACAGGAACAAUGUGACUGGUUCAUAACGCUACUAUCAAAUAACUUCAAGUGUAUAUUGAACAGAAGACAAUGUGAACGCAGCUUUCUAAUACCUUCCAGUGUAUAAGGAACUGAACUGGGUGAUUCGACACAACAGAGGAAGUGUUCUGUAUUUAAACAAGGAAGCCUGAUGGAACAGAUGACGAUGAAUGGGAUGUUUCUAGGACUGAUGUUUUUAAUUGUGACAAGCAAUAAUCAAGACACCAGACAAUGUGAGGUCUGAUGGGAAUAAAUCUUCAUAACAUGCUACUCGGAACAUGUGCACUGUCCCUUGUGUAUAAACCAUGCUCAAAAGGCAUCUUGUUACCAUGGUUACACCAUGUAUCUUGUCUGUGACAUAUAACUUCAUUUUGGGAGUAAUCCUCCUGGUUGCAUUGCACAAGUUCAACCCAUAUAAUAUUCAUGUUUCACUUCUCUUCCCGUAGCUUUCUCCACAAUCAAGAUGAUACAAGUACGAGGUUGUGCCUUAUACAGAUCUGUUACCAUGGUUACCAAAGUUUUAAUUCUGUUAUGAGAUGGUUAAAGAGGUUUAUCAUUCAGUGGCUGUGGCCAUGUUUUUCACCAUGGUUGCUGUUGUGACGUGGCCUGCAUGUCUCACAAAGAGAUUGACAUGACAGACACAUGAAUCCGUCUACAUCGGAAUUUACAAGUAUGAAUAUUUUACUUGAAAGAAAUGGUUUUAUUUGUUUUUGCAGAUGAUUAUGGUUGAAAUAUUUUUAAUCGAUCUAAUUUUUGAAAUAGCUACUGUGGUCAAUAGUGUUCAAGGAUGUACGGUCAUUGAUCAUAGGUAAGUCAGCAAAAUGUAACUCUAGGUAGGGUUCAAGGUCAGUGCAGCAAGACUAAAUUUCAUUAUGUUACUUCUUCCAAAUUUAUGAAUUAAUGUUCAUAAUUUUGAUGGUUCCCUGUUAUCAAUGUCGCAAUGACACCAAAAUUCAUGACAUGGUAACAUUUUUUGCAUGGUGUCGUGUGGAAGAAAUUAAGGGUAACGUUACAUGUCUGUCAUGCUGGAUGAUUCUAAACAAAGAAAAGGUAUAAUAGCAGACACAAUUAUGAAAAGUUAGGGAAAUGAGGCUUUGAAAUGGAAUAUUGAAAAGUCUGUUUGUUACACUGAGUUAACUUAGAGCCUUAUGGAGAGGUACAUCAUGUGAACUUGUCUAUGGCCAAUGAGUGUAGGUUUUAGUGUUAGUGCAUAUUCAAACUUCAGAACACAUGGCCCCAAGAGAUGGCAUCCUCUGUAUCCAGAGCAUCAUAUCUCCAGUCUAUAAACAAAAACUCCCCGGACCCAUUCGCCUCCAAGACGUUGUUUCAAAAGUGACAUCACCGCCUCCAUUCCUCAUUUCACAAACUUAGUACAGAAUUCCUUUUGCUCAUAAGAGUAAUUUGAUUGGACAGCUGUAUUUACAGUUGUGAAAUUCGUAUCCCGCUCAAAGAAGCUAUGGUGGCAAAUGGGUCCAGGGUUUUUAUAAUGAUAGAAUGAAUAUAGUACCCUGGAUAAUCGAGGAUGAAAAGAUAGCUAUAGUCAAUAGGUUCAUGUUCUUCAUAAGGUCAGACAUUAAUUAUUCAAGGUGCUAAGGUCACUGAACUUGGUGUGUGAGGUCGCAAGCUGACCUGUGCAGAUAAUAUUUAUGCGUUAUCACCCCCUCAUCCCAAUCCAUGAAGCACAUGUAAACAUACAGCAUGCAUACAAUAUACAUUAUGCAAUAAUGCCAUUGUCCAUCAAUAACACUGUCUUCCAUACCAUGCAAAUAGGCCAUGAUAUAUGUCUGCUGUCAGUAGGAAUAUUAUCAUGAAGGUGUCCAUCAUUCACGCACCUGACCUUGUGUGUGUUGGGCAUCAAUACGGGCUGUAACUGACCCUCAGAGCUGCACUCUGGACACCCCUGAAACACCCCGAGACACCCACACCCUACCCCUGGAACACCCCGAGACACCCACACCCUACCCCUGGAACACCCCGAGACACCCACAAGACCCUGCUGGGACACACUGUUGCCCAUAUACUAAUGACACACAUGUUCAUCUUGGCCCUGACCAGUUGCUUGUCAGGAGGGGCAUGGGCAAAGUAGUAGGUCGGGUAGCCUAGUGGUUAAAGCGUUCGCUUGUCACGCCGAAGACCUGGGUUCGAUUCCCGACAUGGGUACAAUGUGUGAAGCCCAUUUCUGGUGUGCCCCACCAUGAUAUUGCUGGAAUAUUGCUAAAAGCAGCAUAAAACCAUACUCACUGACUGACUAGUUGUUAGGCAUAGAGUUUCUUUUUAAUUACUACUCAAUUUUGAUGGGGAUACUGUGGUAUUUAUUCCGUGCUUGUCACAAUUGGUAUGUUUAUCAGUGGAAUUGGCUGACCUUGUGUAUAAGCCGACACCACAAUUGACCCAUGCAAUCCCUUCCUAAAUUAUCCACUGAUGACAAGUAGUACCAUUGUCAUAGAAUAAUAGGAAAAUAUCUGCGAAAAGUUGAGUAGUAUCAAAAUUCCUGGGUAAUCGAUAAAUUUGACAUGUGUUUAAAUAAUGCCUAGCAACCCUUUUUUUAAUUGUAUUGUUUUCGUCAUCAGUCACCUUUAUUGUAUGGGUUAAUCAAAUAUUCCAUACCUGGGAAUGGACUGGGUCUUGAAUACAGCCCUGCAGGGUUCAGGGUACAGCCUGUGUCUUCCACCAGUGCAUGACUAGAUGUUGUUGUUUGUGUAUUGUACAGCACACAGGAUUCAUAACAUCAUACCAAGUGCACACAGGUAUACAUUCAUCACAAACAUAGAGUAACAUAUAUUUUCUCAUAUCCCAGAAGCUGAGAUUAUGUAUGUCUUGCGCUGUGGAGAAAUACCGUAUUCACCAUAUUAAGCACCCUGCUCCAAUAACCUUCCCUACGAAUACUGUGAAUUUAGACAGUAGGUCAACAGGAAAAGAGUGUGAACAAAAUUUACUUGCAUAACUACUUUUGUUUUGCUUCUCCUGUGAAAGUAGAUAAUUCUUCUCAAUGGAAAUAUUUCAAUUUGAGACAGAUUCAGCAAAGUUCUAAAUGUGAACAUUUGCAAAUGCUGGCAUUUAACACACAGUGAAACUAUCGUAAUACAAAUCCCAUUGAUCCUGAUCAAGUCCUGAUUUAGUUUACUCUCAGCAACAUCUUUAUAUAAACAAAGUGCACUGUUUCACUGUAUACAGUACAGACCUGCCAUUGGAAUAUGUGUGCUAGACUGUUCUUUCAUAUUCAUGCUGAUGUAUCAUCCAAAACUUGCUUCCGCAGGAGAUAUUGCUUGGGUGAAAUCCAGUAUUAUCUUCCAGGAGAUAUUGCUUGGGUGACCUCCAGUAUUAUCUUCCAGGAGAUAAUGUUUGGAUGACCACCAGUAUUAUCUUCAAGGAGAUACUGCUUGGGUGAGAUCCAGUAUUAUCUUCAAGGAGAUACUGCUUGGGUGAGAUCCAGUAUUAUCUUCCAGGAGAUAUUGUUUGGGUGACCUCCAGUAUUAUCUUCCAGGAGAUAAUGUUUGGAUGACCACCAGUAUUAUCUUCAAGGAGAUACUGCUUGGGUGACCUCCAGUAUUAUCUUCAAGGAGAUACUGCUUGGGUGAGAUCCAGUAUUAUCUUCCAGGAGAUAUUGCUUGGGUGAGAUCCAGUAUUAUCUUCAAGGAGAUACUGCUCAGUUACUCUCUCAGUUACUAUCUCAGUUUUUGCAGGCCAUUGUGACUCCUUUGUUAUGAUGUCACAAUCAAAUGGCAUCACUAAUCUCUCUGCCACUGAAGUUGGUCAGCUGUAUUGUUUACAAGAUGGAGAUGUUGGAGGAAUGAUUUUGGAUGAUAUAUUGAAUCUCACCCGAGUGUCUUUUGAUAUUAGAUAUAUCCACACUUGUUGACAAACAUUUAUGACUCACACUUGUGUGGAUAUGUUUUAUAUCAAAAGACACUCAGGUGAGAUUCUCUAUAGGUCUGAUAUUGAAAAUCAGAAAACAUAUACCAGUAUAUGGUCUCUUGUUAAAUUGAGUAUUUUCAAUAUUGAGUUAUAUUAUUUCAGUGUUAAGUUGAAUUAUUUCCGAGACAGUCGAAUCUUGUAAUGUUGAACUCGUGAGGAGACAUCAGGGGAAUAUUAUGUUUAAUUUGGACACUUGGGUCUCGCAAAUGAGUUUGAGACAACAGGGAAUUCGACACAUCCAAGUUUGACAAACAAGGUUCGACUGUAGUUGUAAAGAUUCUUCUAAACCAACAUUUUAUAGUGCUGGUGAGACUUUAAGUGUCGUAGGGCUGAGACCGAGGUUGACAGUGUGUGUUCUGUGGUUGUAAGUGUACAAGCAAUGUAACAGUCUUCUCAGUCCAUGCCUGCUGUGUCAAGAUAGCAACUGAAUUGUUGCAGAGAAGUAUCUGAAAAUGAGGGGAGAAAAUUGGGCAGAGUAACUGUCAAUUUUGUACGAUACUGUACGAUACUGCAUGUGUUAAUAAAUAUAUCAAACAGAGUAACACAUCAGAAAUGAAACUGCCAUUAAUUCAAAGAAUUAACUUUUUAUCCAUUUACAUUUUUCAGUGCUUGUGACUAAAAUACAUAUGUGUAUAUAGAAAAUAUCCUUAUACUCUGAAAAAAUGAGAUUAAUUGAUAUUUGUUUUUAAUUAUCAAGUUAUGAACUUUCUGCAGUUGAUACACAUUGAGGAUCACCGUUGACUCUGGUACCUUGAUUUCAACAAUCAAAUUUAUGCUGUCUUGUGUCCUUAUGAAUGUUUUCAUGGAUACAAAAAUGUCCUGUACAUUUAUAAGGAUUGAAAUGAGUGUGGAUGUCCCAUGUAUUGGUUGCUUGACAGCUGUUUCCUUCAGUGUGGUCUCAGCUCCCUGUAGAUUGCCUUGCCUGUGUACAUUGCCAGCUUAUAAGGACCCUAAGAGUAAUUAAUCACUACCUCAAUGACAAUGUACAGUAAAUCAAGAGAUGUGUCUUCAACAGCAACAUAAGGCCUAUGUAGCAUGUGUUUGGCUUUUAUGUUUUAUUUGUUGGUUUACAAAAUUUGGUGGCUAAAAUUCAAUGUAGAUGAUCAAAUUUUAAAAUUCAUAAUUAAUUGCAACUUUCAUUGUACUGCUGCUUAUGAAUGAAAACGAACUCGUACACGGUAGUAAGAUUGCAAAACGAUACCGAAAGACAAUAGAUGGGUGUUUUGUUAGAAUAACUAUUUUUAGACAUGAUAGUAACUUUUUCUCACGAUCAGCGGUGAUAAAAUCUGGCAUGUAUUUUUUUUCAUUUCACCUAGCUGUAAAACAGUCAGCCGAAAAUAAGAUUGUCAAGUCUUUUUUCAUCUUCUAAUUUCAGGUUGUUUUUUUUGUCAGUUGGACUUGUAAACCAACUAAAAAAAAUAUAAGGCCUUAGAUGAAAUAAAAACAUGUCUAAUGUGACCCUUCUACCUACUUUCUUACAUUAGUAGAACGAUACCUGGGAUAUUUUUAUUUUAUUAUAUUGCUACAACUUUUUCUUUCAUUUUCCAGUCUUAGUGGUUAAAGCCUAGUGGUUAAAGCGUUCGCUCGUCAUGCCGAAAACCCGGGUUCAAUCCCAACAUGGGUGCAAUGUGUGAAGCCCUUGGUCCCCAUGCGUGAUAUUGCUGGAAUAUUGCCAAAAGCGGCUAAAACCAUACUCACUCACACUCAUAGCUGGAAUAUUGCUAAAAGCGUCAUAAAACCAUACUCACUCACUCAUACAGCUGGAAUAUUGCUGAGUGCUGUGUUAAACUACAAAUAAACAAACUUGUACCUCGUUGGCCAACAAGCAAGCAUCCUCCAUUGCCAUAUUCAUCCUCCCUUGCCCAUCAGUGGCUUCUCUUCAAAUAAACAUUAUUAAAAUAAACGUCCAAAUAUGAUUGCCCUAUUACCUGAACGAAGCAUUACUGCUUGUGUUCUGGUGCCUGCCCAUGGUGUGGGAUGGAUGACAUGUUGCCAUAGUUACCUCUCAUGUUCCUCUAUAUGUCUUUGACUUGCAUGUUGUCUUGCCCCAGUGCCAGUAUUGAUGUUAAUCUGUCCCUGCACCAGUAGACUAUAGUAUACAAUUCAUUAGGAUUGUCAAAUUCUCAAAUGGCCAAGAUGUUAAAGGUGCUGUGAUUCGCUGUGUUGAGUUUCGACCCUUAGGCUUGCAGAAACCUACCAUCUUUGGUUUUAUUCAACCGAUUAUGUUUCUAGGCUUGUCACCACCAAACCUGUGCUUGUGGGUUUCACAUAGACGGUAAACAUCUAAAACCUGCAUCACUGAGGACUCUUUCCCACGUUAAGCUGACAUGCAGUGAAAUACUGUUCAAAGCCGAGUCCCCCUGCUGCGAUAUGGCUGGAAUAAUCUCACUCACUCACUCAAGCCAAGCUACCUAGCAAUAUCAUCACUACCAACCAAUGGAGAUAUAAAUAGCCAUAUUGUGCUGCUAUUUUGACUCUUUGGUUAUAUAUUGGCCAAUCAGAUUUCCUUCUAAUAAUAUAUGCCUUUGAUAUAUACCACUCAAAUAAAAGUUAAGAACACCCAAUUCUUUCAGAUUACUAUAGUAAAUCUGUCAGGCAUGAAAGAUUAACUAUAGUAUGUUAUGAAAGAAUCUUUUGAGUCACAUAUGUCAAGCAUAAAAACCGGAAAUUGUUAGUGUGUGCUGGUGCAAGGACAGCGCCCUCUGUACCUCUUGUCCCUGUGUACAUAGCUAUCUUUAUGUCCUCUGUACAUCCUCCCUCCUUAACCCUUGACAUGCUGACACCCUCACCUACUCACUAUAUACCUGGAGAAGCAAUAUGCUGAGACUCAUAGGGUCAAUAUGUUGUUUAUACAUUGUUAUAUAAUAGCAAACAUAUCCCAGUAAGUUCCCUUUAACUGUACAUAUAUGUUUCAUUUCAAGGAAUUCCCCAACUGAUGGAUUUGGGGAGUGUCUAUUUAUCAAAGUUUAUUAUAUUUUUACUAGAUUUUGUAGAGUUGUCCCUGCUCUGCCACAAGAUCAACAUAACCGACUUGUGUAUAUGUCAGUUAUUUUAUGCCAAGGGGAAGCAUAUCAUAAUUAUCAAAUCAUGAAUAAAUAUAUAAAAUGUA